AUGGAGUCUCCAGAAAGUGCAGCACGGUCUGACUCGGUUUCAUCGGAGGUCACAUCACGCGGCAGUCGCUUAUUUCAGGCGGAAAUGACUGUCGAGCCGCGACGGUCACUAAUCGACGAAAAAAUUAGCAUUAACGUUAAAGGACUUUCUUCAGGAGAGUCCAUAACGAUAGCGGCAAAAUUAAUUGGGGACUCCAACGAGGAAUUAGAAUCUUAUGGUCAUUUUAAAGCAGAUGAGACCGGAAGGGUUUGUCUAGAAGAACAGACAAGUCUUGCAGGGACCUACACAGGAGUUGAUUCCAUGGGGUUAUUAUGGAGUAUGCAACUCUCACCUGGACAAAGAAAAGGUCAAAGACUUAGCAAGAAGGACCCCACAAAACCGUAUAACAUCCACUUGCAAUUAUUUCACGACCAAGUUAAAGACUUUAGCAAUGUGAAGCUGAAGCCUUUGGCUCACGUGACAUUCGAGAAGUGGUACAUGGCGCGUGGGGUGCGGAGAAUUCCCGUCAGGGAGGGGAGACUGCGUGGAACAUUGUUUAUACCUCCCGGAAAGGGACCUUUUCCAGGUAAGAAGUCGAAAAAUGUCCAUGCCUCUGGCAAAAAAAAAUAUCAUCCUCUCUAUUUGCUGCGCAAUUGUGAUGGUUCGGAGCUGCGGGAACUGAAUUCUUCUCAACUCAAAUCCCCCAGCUAUCACCACUAUUGAGAACCCCGACAGUAGGUUGAGUUUGAUCGUCCGGGUGAAGGAAUAGGUCCCGAAUAGGACUGUUGUUGUUGACAGUGACUGUCAGCAACAACAGUCCUAUUUAGGACUACGUUCACCUUAACCUACUUUUGAAAUGACUCCUGGGUUCAAACCUUUCACAAUUAGAAAUUACAGUAGUUGCGUAGUAUUUUUAGCUUCCGUUAAUAAGUUGGAUUAGUAUAGGAUUCUGGGAAACAGCAUAACUCCUCACGGUGAACUAACCAAACGUUUUGCCCUAACUAUGUAAGAAGUUAGUGUUAACGUAGGGUUUUGGGCGGGCGGGUACGUUGACAGUUUCCUAGAAUCUUAUGCUAAUCCUAAACGUUUCCUAUUUCCCUUUGCCUCAUAAUUGGAGACUUCAGCACGCAGGUUAGUAUUACUAUACUAAUACCGUACAUCCUCGAAUUAGUGCCUGGGCGCUUAGUUAGUUUUUAGAGUCGAGAAGAGGACUUUUAUGUUUUUGUUUUUUUUUUAACAGGGCGCUUAUUUCAUUCAUCGCAAUUUCGACCUCAAGAUACCACGUAAACUGCAACACUUCAUUAAAAGAAAACGAAAGUUGCAACGUAUCGUACAGCCAAAUUUGUGCGUGGGUGGUGAAUUUUCUUUGCUUAGCACGUUUUGUAAUAACUACGGUAAGAUCUGUUGCUAUCCACGAGCACUAUCAGAACGUUUCCAUUUUCUCACAACUCCGCUAAUGACUCAGUCGCUUACAAUCUAGUAAAAACCAGAUUGGCGGAGUCGGAAGCCACAAGCGGAAGCUAGAAUAAAACAGUCGCGAUGCUCCUUCCUAAGCUUUGUAAUUGCCGGGUUUAGUUUCUCAGGUUCUGCCUGCGUCUCCGAAAAUUUAAGUAUUACAAGUUCGCUGUCCGCGUAAACGAAUCGAACUCAAUUGUUGUUCUCAUCACUAGAUCGUGACGUUCGCUCGAUGCUAAUCUGUUUACGACUCCGCCUCUGACUCCGUCGCUAGUGAAAACUAGCCUUCAGAUUGGUUGGGGAUAGGGGGGCAUAUUCACUAUCUCAGUCAAAAGAAGAGGCGCUAAUUCGAGCAUUUACAGCAAUUGUGACGUUUAAUGAUUGCCUUUAAUGUUUAGGUAUUAUAGACUUGUUCGGUACAGCAGGCGGUUUGAUUGAGUUCAAAGCUUCUCUCCUGGCCUCACAUGGUUUUGCAGCUUUAGCCCUUGCAUACUUCGCUUAUGAUGACCUGCCCAAGGUGAUAACGGAAGUUGAACUGGAGUACUUUUUCGAGGCAUGUGAUUGGAUGCUGGCACACCAUGACGUCAUGUCACAUGGUCUGGGAUUGAUGGGUGUGUCUAAAGGUGCUGAGCUGGUUCUUACAAUCGCGGCGCACAGGAAAGACAUCAGUGCGGUUGUAGGAAUAUCUCCCUCUCACGCCAUCGUAGGAAUCCCGCUCAAAUACCAAGGAAAACCAACUGACUUCAUAAAGUUUGAGCCAGAUCUUGUAAAGGUCUCGGAAAAUGGAACACUGAUUUUCAAGGAAACGUAUCCACCGGACUCGACGGACGCCCCGGGUCGUGCAGCAGCUAUCAAAGUCGAAAAUAUCCAGGGGGAUAUAUUAUUGAUAUGUGGGGAUGAUGAUAAAAGCAUGAUGACGACGAAAAUGGUCGAGAAAAUUACAUCCAGGCUGAGGAAAUAUGGAAGGGAAUCUAAAUGCACAGUCCGGUGCUACCCCGGGACGGGGCAUUUAAUUGAGCCACCGUAUGCCCCACCCUGUACGAGCUCCUACCACAAGACGUAUAGAAUGUCUAUAGAAUGGGGUGGAAAUCCCAGGCAACAUGCAAUGGCUCAAGAAGAUUCCUGGAAGCAUAUUCUAAACUUCUUCUCUACAAAGUUAGCAUUUGCAAGUUAUAGCAGUCGUUUGUAG